AUGCCCAAGGUGUUCCAGGAAGCACGGACGAUCCACAUCCCCAAACGUAUUGAUGACCACCCACACACGACCACAGACACACAGACACCCUCUCCCAUGCCCUCUGCUUAUGCAUAUCUGUCACGUUGUGUGAGCAGCGGCCCCGCCCCCAGCGAAGCCCCCGACCACCACCAAGGGCAAGGCGGCCCCGCCCCCGCCGAAGCCCUCCACCAGCAGCAACGGCGGCAUGUUGAGGCCAGGUGGGUGGGGGGACGGUUUCCGUGCUCUUGUCAUGUUGAUCUGUCUGUCUGGGUGCGUGUGUGGGUGUGUCGUGUCAGCAAGCAGGUGACCAUCUUCAGGCUCCCGCCGGCGUUCAGGCUGACGAUCAGCCGGUUUCUCAAGGACAAGAGCGGCACACCCCAGUCCGCUUCAAGACCAGCAACUUCUGUCCGGGGGCGGUCCACGGCCUGUGCGAGCACUCCUGAGGAGAGAUGUGGGAGAGAGGCGGGGAGGGUGCGCUCAUGCCUCUGUGUGUCUCUGUGUGUGUUGCGUUUUCAGAGGAUCCCUCCAUCAGCCGCGAGUAUGAUCUCUACGCCGUGACACACCACGGCGGCAUCCUGAACGGCGGCCACUUCUGGGCGUAAGCACCCGACGGACAGACAGACAUACACACAGACAGAACGUGACUGCAAAAGGGAAAUGUGUGUCUGUCUGUCUGUGUGUGUCCGUGUCCGCGUGUGCAGCGAUGUGAAGCGGGUGGUGGAUGGCGUGGAACUGUGGCUGCGUUUCGACGACGACAAGCCAGUCUACUUCAUACCUGAGGAGGAGCUGCAGGGUACGGGAUGGCCCAGCAAGAUGCACAUGACAUGAGCUGUAUUGUUUUGGGUCUGCCUGGCUUACGUGUGUCCCUGUGUGCGUCAGGGUCGACGGCCUACAUCCUCUGGUACGUCGCUCGCGACAUGCCCAAGGUGUUACAGGAGGCACGGACGGUCACCAUCCGCAAACGUAUGUAUGACCACCCACACACGACCACAGACACACAGACACCCUCUCCCAUGCCCUCUGCCUAUGCAUGUCUGCACGUUGUGUGCAGCGGCCCCGCCUCCAGCGAAGCCCCCGACCACCACCAACAGCAAGGCGGCCCCGCCAGCGUCGAGGCCCCCCCCCACCACCAAGGGCAACACGGCCCCGCCAGCGUCGAGGCCUCCCACCACAACCAAGGGCAACACGGCCCCGCCAGAAUCGAGGCCCCCCACCACCACCAAGGGCAACACGAGGGCAACGCGGUCCCGCCCGCGUCGAAGGCCCCGCCAGCGUCGAAGGCCCCCACCACCGCCAAGAGGACCCGCCACCACCACAGGCAAGGCGGCCCCGCCCCCGCCAAGAGGACCCACCACCACCACCAGCAACGGCAAGGCGCCUCCGGCCACCACCAGGAUGAGCAACGGCAAGGCGCCUCCGGUGCCGCCGAAGCCCACCACCACCAGCAACGGCAAGGCGCCCCCCACGAGCAGCCAUAGCAAGGCGCCCCCCACCGCCAGCCAUGGCAAAGCGCCCACCAGCAGCAAGGGGAAGGCGGCGCGCGGCAGCUUUGGCGCGGGUUCGCACAUCCUGAUAGGCAGAGAACAAGAUAUUGCAUGUCGCUGCCGAUGUGGCGAUGCCACAUAUUGCUGCCUACAUUUUAUAUUCGUCAGUGUGUGUCUCUGUUCCUCCCGCUGCCAACGUGAUGCCCUCUGA